AUGGCUAAGUGGAAGGCACAAUUUCUGACCCUGUUCUAUAGGCAAGAGCAGGCACGGUUCUUAGCUUAUCUUUGCUUUCUCAGGUCCCGCGGUAGUGCUGGUGGCCAUGGUUCCCGGAGUCAGAAGGAGCUGCCGACAGAGCCCCCUUACACGGCCUACGUAGGAAACCUGCCUUUUAAUACUGUUCAGGGAGACAUAGACGCGAUCUUCAAGGAUCUCAGCGUAAGGAGUGUACGACUAGUCAGAGAUAAAGAAACGGACAAAUUUAAAGGAUUUUGCUAUGUAGAAUUUGAUGAGGUGGAUUCCCUUAAGGAAGCUUUGACCUAUGAUGGUGCGCUGUUGGGUGAUCGAUCGCUUCGAGUGGACAUUGCUGAAGGUAGAAAACAAGAUAAAGGUGGCUUUGGAUUCAGGAAAGGUGGACCAGAUGACAGAGGAAUGGGUGGCUCUCGAGAAUCCAGAGGCGGAUGGGAUUCCCGGGAUGACUUUAAUUCUGGCUUCAAGGAUGACUUCUUAGGAGGCAGGGGUGGAGGCAGUCGCCCCGGUGACCGGCGAACGGGUGGUCCCCCAAUGGGGAGUCGCUUUAGAGAUGGCCCUCCCCUUCGGGGCUCUUCAAUGGAUUUCAGAGAACCGACAGAAGAGGAAAGAGCACAGAGGCCCCGACUUCAGCUUAAACCUCGAACAGUUGCUACCCCCCUCAAUCAAGUAGCCAAUCCCAACUCGGCUAUCUUCGGCGGAGCCAGGCCCCGAGAGGAAGUGGUUCACAAAGAGCAGGAAUGAGCUCAAGGUCGGGAGGGAAUGGGGGGAGAGUUAUUGAGUGAGACAGCAGCAGAGUUCAUUGCUCUGGACGUCAACCCUGCAGUUACCAUUCCUGCCACCUGACAGUUUGUCCUCCUCCUCUCUUGAAACUGAAAACACAGAGCUUGUGAAUGCAUGUCAGCUGUUAACAAGUGGUUUUUAGUACGUUCUUGGCUUUGCUGUAUCUAGUGCCUGUUUUGUGCUGUUUUCCCCCACCGCCUUGGUCCUCCCUCCCUGUUCUCCUCUUCAUCUUCGCAGCACGGGGUCUCUUGCAGAUGAAUGAAAGCUGCCGUCAUCAGUGAGGGUGGGAGUUCUGGGGAUGAGGUGUGCUGCUCCAUUUCCCUCCUUAGCUUUUUCUGUUUUACUUUAGAAACACUGGUUAGACUUUGUUAAAACUCCAAUAUCGUUUCCUUUGGAUUUCCCUCACUUCUCUUCUGACCUGCAUGUUUCGUUCUGGGUUGCUGUGGCUCCAAAGAGGAAAUAGGAAAGAACUCCCCAACAGGUUGGACCACCUGUUCCCCGACCUACAUGGAGAAUUGGCCGCCUUCUCUAAGGCUAGGGAUCAAACACUGGCGUAGUCCUUCCAACCAGUUCACAGGUAGUUUUCUUUACCUUGCACUCCACCCCACCCCCCAUCCCUGAUUCCUCUCCCUAAACAAAUAUGCUAAAGCAGAAUAGGCUCCAAUUUUAAAGUAUAGCUUAUCUAUAUAGAAAAUGUAUAGUGUUGUGAAAUUUAUGGUGGAGAAUGGUUAUUCACUUAGAGAAGUAAUUGGCUUCACUCCCACAGAUCUGCCCAAACCAAAAUCCCAACUAGCGUACUUCUUUUAUCAGGCAGAUUCGAGGGCUGUGUUCAUUUAACUCUUACUGCAAACUGCAAUCUUGUCUUUAUCUCACCUGGGAUGCAGCACUGGGGGCUUGCACAGCGGUGCAUAUCUGUGCCUAUUCAAACAUAAAAAAAUGCUUAUUACUGAGUCUUUGCUUUUUAAAAAAUUACCCACUUUUUUUAGUUUGACAUGUUUGGUAAGUAACUUUUAAAGGCAGGUUUAUGCAGAUAACGUUGACUUUGUGUUGUGUUGGAAGGAAUGUAGAACUUACUCCCCUUGGCCACAUAUUUUGCAUCCAGCCCCAGUAUUUCUUUGUCCUCAAGUGUAAAUGAAUAGUCCAUAGUGAGAUGCUGUGCUUCCCAUCACCAUUGUUAAAAAGGAGUCACCAGAGCUGACCCUAGGAUCUGGCGAAGUUGGGUCUCAUUCAAAUUCGUCAAGAACCUGGAAGCGUUUCAUGGGUAGCUCUAAAGUUGAAGACCCGUGCCUCUUGGAGCCUGACGGCUCAUCGGGGGAGAGUUUACUUUUCACUGGCAAAAUCUUCAGGAAAGUUAAAGACAAAGCUCUAAGGUUGGGGAUUGAGACCAUUUUGGGGCUAACCAGUAGCUAGAAAGAAGCCAGAAUUGUCAGGGUUUCUUGGAAGCCUUGGCCUCUUAGGUCAGUUAUGCUUGGCUAGCAGCAUUGUUGUUGACUCCCAAUUCCUGGCUUCAGUUACUAUUAUCUUUGUUCCAGAGUUACAGCAAUUUACAGGACCCCUUCCUCCUCUCUCCUGCUUCUUCCUUCCUUUCCUCCCUCCUUCCUUCCACCUGUCAUACUCUCUGCUCCUAAGAUAAGAAACCAUUUGUGUAACACCAACACGUAAUUUAAGAAAGACAUGCAUUGUGUGGUUGUAAUCCAAACGGAUGCUUUCAGAUGACCUACUUACAUCUUCAAUGUGGAAAAGAUUAAGAACAGCAGCAACAACAAAUCUCAACUUCUGGUUAAUCCAGAUGCAUUUUAAAUGUGAGAAUGGAAUUCCAAACACUUAACCCAUUCUGCUUCAUGACAGAAAGUAAAUUUAUGGAUAUGGUAUUUUGUGAAUGAUCUUUUAAAUAAAAGAAAACCUUAAGUAAUCUUUUAA